ACUGCAAGGCGUACAACUGGCUGGCCGAGGGCGCCUGCAUUCUCAAGUCCGAAGUCUCUGGGAAGGUGAAAUGUAACAACUGCACAAGCGGCAUACCCGGAAAGAAGGACAAUGAAGCAGAGGUGGUGGUGGCGGAGGACCCGCAGGUUCCUGGCGGGGAAGAGUGGGAGGAGGUGCUGACUGGUUCGCUGUCCAAGCCGGUGCUCACCGCGUGGAGCGCCUUGAGAGAUCCCAUUGACGCCAUCCGCUACGGCUUCCGCCAUCUGGCGUACACAGUAGAGAGGAGCAGCAGCGGCACCAUCCUGGUGGACCUCACUUCGGGCGAGCAGAUGGCCUUCGAGGUGGUCCAAACCGCACAGGAGUCCAUGUACCACGUCUUUCGAGUGUCCAGCCAGACGAGCGCCCUCCUGCACAUACCCCCCGAUGACGUCAGCUUCGUGGGAUCUUACCAGUACAUGCACCUGGUGCCGGACAGCGGCAGCGGCAACGCUCGGGUGAACGUGGGUUUCAAGGCCGAGGUGGCGCCGGCGCGGGCGGCGGAGGCGUCCGUUUUUUUCUUCCGCGAGUUCUUGGAGACGAUGAUUGAGAAUCUGAAGCUUCAGUUCGGCGACGCCGACUGCCUCCACGACCCCACGGUGCGCACCCCCCACGGCACCUGCAACAACCCACACAACGCCGCCUGGGGAGCCGCCUUCUCCAAAUUCAGGCGCCUGUCCAGAAACGACCCCUCAUUCGCGGACAGGAGAAGCCAGCCCAGCGGCAGCGACGUCAGCCCGAGGCUCAUCAGCAACGAG